AAAACAGGAAAAGGGGAAAAAAGCAUUCCAGAGAAACACACUCAAAAAACAACAAAUUUAAAAUAUGCUGUUUAAAAAUGAAUUGGAAGACAUUAAGAAAAUUAAGACAUGAAAGAACAAUACAAAGCUGGAUUAGGAAAGCUUAGAAAUGUGGUGACAACUUGGGGAAAGUAAGAAGAAAGAAUCAUUUCAGAAAUGAAGGCUGGGACUUGCCUGGUGGUCCAGUGGUUAAGACUCCCUGCUUCCACUGCAGGGGGUGCGGGUUCGAUCCCUGGUUGGGGAGCUAAGAUCCCACAUGCCGUGUGGUGUGGCCGAAAAAAAAAAAAAAGCAAGAAAGGAAGGCUAAGGCAGAAUACUCUUUGAGGUAAAUUGUAGCAAUAUUUUUAUGGAUCUAUCUCCUCAAACAAAGGAAACAAAGGCAAAAAUAAAUAAAUGGGACCUAAUUAAACUUAAAAACUUUUUGUACAGCAAAGGAAACCAAUGACAAAACAAAAAGACAACCUACAGAAUGGAAGAAAAUAUUUGCAAAUGAUAUCCCCAAUAAGGGGUUAAUAUGCAAAAUAUAUAGACAACUCGUAUAACUCAAUAUAAAAAAAAUUAAAAAUGAGAAGACCUAAGUAUACAUUUUUCCAAAGAAGAUAUACAGAUGGCCAACAGACACAUAAAAAGAUGCUCAGCAUUGCUAAUCAUCAGAGAAAUGCAAAUCAAAACCAUGAUGAGAUAUCACCUCACACCUGUCAGGAUACCUAUCAUCAAGAAGUCUACAAAUAACAAAUGUUGGUGAGGAUGUGUAGAAAUGGAUACCCUAGUACACUGUUGGUAGGAAAAUAAAUUGGUAUAGCUACUAUGGAAGGCAGUGUGGCGGUUUGUCAAAAAAUGAAAAUAGAACUACCAUGUGAUCCAGCAAUUCUACUCCUGGGUUUCUAUCCAAAGAAAAUGGAAACACUAAUUCAAAAAGAUACAUGCACCCCAAUGUUCAUAGCACCAUUGUUUACAUUAGCCAAUAUAUGGAUGCAACCUAAGGUGUCUAUCAGUAGAUGAAUAGUUAAUAGAAGAUGUGGUGUAUAUAUGCCAUAAAAAGAAUGAAACUUUGCCAUUUGCAACAACAUGGAUGGCCCCAGAGGGUAUUAUGCUUAGUGAAAUAAGUGAGAGAAAGACAAAUACUAUAUGAUAUCACAUAUGUGGAAUGUAAAAAAUAAUCUAAUAAUAAAUGUAACAAAACAGAACCAGACUCACAGAUAUAGAGAACAAACUAGUGGAUACCAGUGAGGAGAGAAAAGGGAGGGAAGGGCAAGAUGGUAUGAGAUUAAGAGGUACAAGCUACAAUGUAUGAAAUAAAUAAGCUACAAGGAUAUAUUGUACAGCACAGGGAAUAUAGCCAAUAUUUUAUAAUAACUUUAAAUGGAGUAUAAUCUAUAAAAUAAUCACCAUGUUGUACACCUAAAACUAAUAUAAUAUUAUAAAUCAACUAUGCUUCAAUUUGAAUGAAAGAAAAGAAAUGAAGGCUAAACCAGAAGAAAACAAGAAUGAGUGAACACAGCAGACAAUGCCUUUCUAAAGUAAAAAGGAAAAUGCUUUAAAUCAAAAAGAAAGAUAAACAGAUUUCUAGAAAAAGUGAUAAAUAUGAAAGAUCACAAAGAAGAUCUGACAUAUAAGAAGAUUAUCUGACAAAGAAAACCAAAGCAAGGAGAAAGAAUAAAUGCUUAAAACUAAUAUUGAGGAAACUUUAGAUUUGAUUUAAAAAAGCACACUAUGUACCUGAGAAUUUUGACCCAGAAUGACCAACAGCAAGACACAUUCUAAUAAAAUUACUAGACCUUUUUAAAAAAGAAGAAAUGCUGCUUUUCCGCCCCCUCCCCCCAAGCGCCGCUCCAGCUGCACCAGGCUUGCUCUGAGCUCCGGGCUUCUAGUGAGGUAGCGCCACAGUCCUCUCCCUCCAGUCGCCAUCAUGAUCAUCUACUGGGACCUCAGCCAUGAUGAGAUGUCCUUCGACAUCUACAAGAUCCGGGAGGUCGCGGACGGGCUGUGUCUGGAGGUGGAGGGGCAGAUGGUCAGUAGGACAGAGGGUAACAUUGAUGACUCGCUCAUUGGUGGAAAUGCCUGUGCUGAGGGCCCUGAGGGCAGAGGUGCCGAAAGCAAAGCAAUCACUAGUGUCGAUAUUGUCAUGAACCAUCACUUGCAGGAAACCAGCUUCACAAAAGAAGCCUAUAAGAAGUACAUCAAAGAUUACAUGAAGUCAAUCAAAGGAAAGCUUGAAGAACAGAGACCAGAAAGAGUAAAACCUUUUAUGACAGGGGCUGUAGAACAAAUCAAGCACAUCCUUGCUAAUUUCAAAAACUAUCAGUUCUUUAUUGGUGAAAACAUGAAUCCAGAUGGCAUGGUUGCUCUGCUGGACUACUGUGAGGAUGGUGUGACCCCAUAUAUGAUUUUCUUUAAGGAUGGUUUAGAAAUGGAAAAAUGUUAACAAAUUUGGCUGUUACUUUGGAUCUGUCACCUGCUUGUCAUAACUGUCUGCUUGCUGCUUUUCAUCCACACAACACCAGGACUUAGACAAAUGGGACUGAUGGCAUCUUGAGCUCUUCAUUUUGACGUUGAUUUGUUUGGAGUGGAGGCAUUGUUUUUGAGAAAGAGAAACAUGUGUAGGUUGUCUAAAAAUAAAAUGCCUUUAAACUCACAAAAAAAAAAAAAGAAAGAAAUGCCUUGGAUACUUAAGCAAAAACAGCAGGUGGUUUGUAAAGAAAGGAAAAUUAGAUCAUCUUUAAAUGUUUUGACACCAACACUUUAUGCCAGAAGAAAAUGGAGUAACAUAUUGGAGAUACUCAAGGGGAAAAAAUGUGAGCCAAGGAUAUAAUGUAAUCUGGUAAAGCUGACUUAGGUAUAAAGGGUACAGGUAUUUAUCAACAUGCAGGAACUCAGGAAAUAUUGGUCCCAUGAUCCCUUCCUGAGAAAUUUGCUAGAGAAUGAGCUUAAGACAACCAAAGUGAUGAGAGAGACAUUGAUACAAGGACUGAUGGUCAGGAUUAAAUAUAUAGUUACUUGUAGAACUAAGACUAAGUGAGAUUUAAAAGAGAGAGAGUAUUGAUACAUAUAUGUCCAGUGCUCCGGUAAUGUAGAUAUAGUGUAAUUUUUAAUGGAGAUGUAGGGAAAGCAUAUGCAAAAAAAAUGAACUGUUCUCAGCAAUUAUAUUGGUAACAAUAUUAAUGUUAUUCCAAGACUGUGUAAUGUGAGAUAAUAUAACUGAAUAAUUACGAGAUAUUCAAAUUCCAUCAUCCUCUGUCUUUGAGAGCUAAGACUUUUAGAGUGAAAGAAUACAGAUGUAAUUCAAAAGAAUUUAAGUUAGAAGCAAGAGAACAACCCUGUAGUCCUGAAUAUGAACUCAUGAGAAAUUUUAUUUAAAAGUAAACACACACACACUCACCUUUGCUUUAUCCACUGAAAAGGCUUAGAAACAAUG